AAAAAAGUGGCCAUUAGAAAUGAAAGACGCACUUUUACAGCGAGAGGACUGUAAUGUGAUUGUGGUGGACUGGUUUAAAGGAGCAAAGAAAGGUUAUUUCCAAUCUGCAGGAAAUACUCGACUUGUGGGGGCUAUGGUGGGGGAGCUUGUAAAGUUCCUGAUUUCCAGCGUUGAUGGGUCACCUGAAUUGGCCGAGCGGUUUUAUGUUGUAGGAGUUAGCCUUGGUGCUCAGACGGCAGGAUAUGCUGGAAAUUAUCUGAAGGAGAAAGGCAUCAAGCUCGGGCGUAUUACAGGAUUGGAUCCAGCGGGACCCCUUUUCACCAAAGUCGACGACAUUCGCUUCCGAUUAGAUCCAGAUGAUGCUGGAUACGUUGACGUCAUACACACCGACAUGCCACCGCGUGGCAGUAUUUUCGGUCUCGGGAUGCGCAGAGAUGCUGGCCACACUGACUUUUUUCUUAAUGGCGGCGUCAGGCAGCCUGGCUGUAAAAAACAUGAAAUAGACUUCGAUAUAUUCAAGACAACGCUCUGUGACCAUGCGAGGUCUGUGGAAUACUACUAUGCCUCAGUACAGAAUCCAUGCUCCUGGAAAGCAUAUCCAUGCCAGAGCUUAAACGACUGUGAGAAUGGAAAGACAACGGCAUGCAUUGGCGAGUGCCCCUCUGUGGGAUAUGGUGCCGACCAAACGAAAAAAGUUGGAAGAUUUUUUCUGAGAACAAACAGCAAAGCUCCUUUUUGCGGUACGCGGGUUUCUCCUGUACUUGUAGUGUAA